AUGAAGCUCUCCUUGGUUCUCCAUCUGGUCUGUGUGUCUGCGGCCUUGCUGUGGAGCCGCGGCUGUGGUGCCACACCCUUCCCCUUCAACAUAUCUGCGGAGGGCAGUGGGGAUGGUGAACCAGAAAUCCUGGUCCCUACACCCUACUCCACCCGUGGCCCCGCCCCUGUGUCUCCCACCGCCCGCAUCACCAACGCCACCCGCAUCAAGAACUUCAUCCUCAACGAGCUGGUGGACUUCCUGAGGGAGAACCUGCUGCUCAUCAUCGUGGUCUCCUCCCUGCUCAUCGUCAUCAUCUUCAUCGUCUGCUGUGCCUCCGUCAUGAGCCACAAGCGUAAGCUCAAUGCCUACUACCCCUCAUCUUUCCCGGCCAAGAAGUAUGUGGACCAGAAGGACAAGAGUGGGGGCACCAGGACCUUCAAUGAGAUUCCUGAGAGGGCUCGCGACUCCCACCAGGGGGGGCCAGUGGACUCCACUAAACAGUUCCAGACAGACAUCAAGACAGGGACCAAGAACUUGAGGACUCCCUCCAAGGCAUUGGUUGGGGAUAAAGAGGGAAAGGACCUCAAGGCAAAGCAUUCCGAGGCUGAGAAGCGACAAAAGGAGACACCCAAGGAAGAGGAGGCUGCUCCCAAGAAAGAGAAAGAGGAAGAGAAAGAGAAAAAGAAGGAGGAGGUGAAAAGUAUCGAAACCAAGGCUAGUCCCAGCCCAAACCAGCCGCUGGUUUGUACGUGCCAUCUGAGGAAUGCCAACCCUCCUAAGCAGGACACAGACAAAGAGGGAGCUCCGUCUGGACCAGUGGCCUAA